GACACUUGUCAACUGUUGUUUUGCAAUUUACAAGGAAGUAGUUUUCAUAAUAUUUAUUUGUGGGUUGUAAGUAGAUUAGAAAAUAUUUAAUCCAUGGGAUUUAAAUUAAAAUAAAUAAUGAAUAGACCAAAUAGAACAACUGAGGAUAUGUUGUGGUAUCAUGGAAGAUUAAGUAGAGAAGAAGCUGAGAAAAUUUUAUCCCAAGAUGACAAGAAGGAUGGAUUAUUUCUUGUGCGUGAAAGUAAUACUUCAACAGGAGAUUAUGUUCUUUCAGUUUUCCAUAAUAAUCAAGUUAGUCAUUUCCAAAUCAGAAGACAUGCUGAAGAUGCUUUCUUCUCCAUUGAUGAAUUCCCAACAUUCCAUGGCCUAGAAGUAUUAGUAAAUCAUUACAAGGUUAACCCAAAUUUGCUCUCAAAUAAUCUAGUCCUCACAGAAUAUAUAGAAAAAUUUCCGCCUCCUCCUAAUACUAGGAGACUUGGACGUACAAACUUGUUACAUCGAUCUACUGGGCAAGGAAAUUACACAGUUGUGAAAGAACUUCUAAAAACAGAUUAUCCACAGGAUGCAAAGAACCAGGAUGGACAAACAGCUGUACAUCUUGCCAGUAUGAAUGGACAGAAUGACAUUUUACUUAAAUUAAUUGAAUGUGGAGCUAGUGUCAAUCUUAGAGAUUCUGUUGGAUUUACACCUCUACAUUAUGCUUGCUAUUACAACUUUCCUGCUACAGCACGACUUCUUAUUCAAACCGGAAAUGCAAAUAUUCAAGCCAGAAAUACAGAAACAGGAGCAGUACCUUUGCAUGAAGCUGCUAGCCAAGGUCAUAAAACGGUAGUCAAAGAAUUAUUGUCUUUAAAUGCCCCUGCAAGACCUAGAAACAAUGAUGGCAUGACACCUGCUCAAUUAGCUCGGUUAAACAACCAUCCAGAUUGUGCUGAAAUUUUAGAAAACUAUAAAUAUACUGUUAAAAGUACUAACCGCAGAGAAUGGUAUCAUAGUACCUUAGAUAGACAAGAAGCAGAAGCGACAAUUAAGUUACACAGUACAAUAAGUGGAACAUAUUUAGUUCGAUUUAGUGAUAGAAAUAAAGAGGAUGUCUUGACAUUAUUAAAUGAUGAUGUAUUUUAUCAUUAUAUCAUCCGAAAAAAGGAUGGUUAUUUGUUUAUUGAUGAUGGGCCAUAUUUAGAAUCCUUAGAACACAUUGUUGAGUACUAUAGCCUAAUGUCUGAUGGUUUGCCUACAGUUCUAAGAUAUAAUGUACCCCCAAAACCAAAACCACCUGUACCUGAGUUUUCAACAAUGCCUAAGCCAAACAAAAAGAAAAAUUCACCAAAAGUAGCUCCUAAACCUGUUCUUCUUCCUAAAGGUGACGAGCCACACAACAAAUAUUUUCCUAGUCAGUUUGCGAACAUUUCAUUUACAAGUGAUUUUUCCACAACGAAUACGACAAAUAAUAAUAAUUAUAACGAAAACGAAAAUAAUUACAUCCCUCAGGAGAGGUUACAGAGGGGCAAUUUGAUAGGUGAAGGAGAAUUUGCAUUCGUGUAUGAAGGCUCAUACUUAAAAAGAAACGGAGAACCAAUGAAAGUGGCAAUAAAAAUUUUACACAACGACCAAAUGGAAACAAACAAGGAAGCAUUUUUAAGUGAGGCGAAGGUGAUGAUGAAACUAAAUCACCGAUGCAUAGUUAAGCUUAUAGGCCUGUCUCUGGGUCCAUCUCUUUUAAUGGUGCAAGAAUUGGUACCUCUGGGAUCUAUACUCCAAUAUAUUGAACUAAAUAGGGAAAGGAUUAAGCCAAAUUAUGAAUUUAAAAUUUGGGCUGCUCAGAUUGCCUGUGGAAUGGAAUAUUUAGAAGAGAAUCGAUUUGUGCAUAGAGAUCUAGCUGCCCGAAAUAUAUUGCUAGCCACUCCAGUUGAAGCAAAAAUAAGUGACUUUGGAUUAUCUAGAGCUCUAGGGACUGAUCAUGAAUAUUACAGGGCCUUGGCUGGAGGAAAAUGGCCGUUAAAGUGGUACGCUCCAGAGUCAUACAAUUUUGGACAGUUUUCUCACAAAAGUGAUGUCUGGAGUUUUGGAGUUACUAUUUGGGAGAUGUAUUCAUUUGGAGCGUCACCUUAUGGAGAUAUGAAAGGAUCUGAAGCAAUAAACCAUAUCGAAGCUGGAGAAAGAUUAGAAAGACCAAAAGAUUGCCCGGAAGAUAUUUAUAGAAUUAUCCAACGUUGUUGGGAGUACAAAGCCGAAGUUCGUCCUAGUUUUCACGAAUUAGUCAAGUUCUUUACAUCAGAUUCUAGUUACAUGAAUAUUAAAGAGUUAUUACCGAAGACUAACACCACAUAGUCCAUCAAUUGGAGCAAUAUUUUUAUUAUGGAACCAUUGAAAUCGUUUUGUACAGGGUACGGCAAAAUAGUACAGCUCAACAUAAAAAGUUAAAUCUCAACGCAAAUUAUAAUAUAAACUAUAAGUACGAUUUACGGAUUUACACGUCUUUAUAUUCUCUGCUAACAAUUUAUCCUUACUACACUACUCAUUCUUUAUUUUUCAUUAUCACAUGAUGCGUAUUAAUGACAUUUUGUUCUAUUUACAUAUUAUGUUCACCAUGAUUUUGACCGAAGUAGUAGGAUUCUUCGCUCUCUUUUAGUAAAGACGAAUGUUUUUUAUCUGUACUUUUUUAAUCCUCUUUUCAAGCCCGUUAGGCAUAAAAUUGAAUUUUUUUAUUUUUCUUUCACAUAAACUAGGGUCGUUACAUCACAUUAGUAGCCACACAUCGUUGAUACAAGAGUUGAUAAGUUUCAUGUUUCCUGGCUCAUGUGAUUAGACGCCUUUUGUAGUAUAUCGAUUAAAACUAGAAAAGACUGAACUUACGUAGUCAUGUGUGACAGUAACAGUAAGAUUAGAAUUGGUCGAUUUUUAUAAUAUAAAUUGCAAUGAGAUAUAAAUACGAUUAUAUAUUGUGAAAAUUUAUACAUUAUUUUUAUAUUCUAUUGAUGCCAUGAACAAUAAAUUUUUAAUAUUUU